UCAGGGCGCAAGCGGACCAGAUUUCCAUGUCUAUCUCUCAGCAUGGUAUCAAGAAUAUGUAAGUCGCCGUACGUGACGACGCCCAAUAAUCUACUCAACGGUUCGCAAAUGACUUCAGCAGUCGAGGCACAAGAAGUGUCUAGCAGAGGCUCAGCAGCAGGGGACCCACGACGGGAAUGAUAAGCAGGCAGGACAAGCACGACGUCACGCACAAAACAUCGCGCCACUCCAGGAGCAAAACGACGACACGCAGGCACGACCAGCGACAAGCACACCGCAACGCACAAAACACUGCGCCAUACGAUGAGCAAAACGAUGACAACGAUACAGAAGCCUCACCAUCACGUCGUGCAGUAGACUACUUCUGCUUUUGCUUCUUUCGAUUUACACUGACUACUGCAGGGCAAACGCAAUCGGCCAGUAAUCGGCCAAUGGAGUUGAAUUUCAGCAGCUUCAGGCUGCAGCAAAUGACAAGAACUACCGUGCCGCCACUGCCGACGAGACGAACCAAGCAUGGAAGCGUAGCAAACGUGCAAGACACCUUGCACAACAGCUGUGGAAAGUACAUAGUAAGCUUUCCUUGCUCUAAAGCUAUUCCUAAUUCGUUCAAAACCCUGACUCGUCACCUGCAGCUCGCUGCGUAUUAGUAAUCAGCGAUCGCCAGUCGUCACCCGUUGAUUACCGAUUUACUACGCGUCAA